AAUAAUAAAAAAUUACUAUUCAUAUACGUAAGAAGCUACAAAAUUCAACUCUUAUCGAUUUCGUUUUGAACUUUCGUCAAACAACUUCCUUGCGUAUAAAUAUACUCAUCUACCAUGUUUGAUUCCAUCUUUGACUCGCCUCCGUUCUCGCCCGGAUUCUGCUCCUCCUUGUUCUUCCAUCUUCCGAGGGACUUUUUGUGCAUGGGUUAAUUGUUUUUUCUGCUCUCUCAGCAAGUUUUUUCGUUUGGGAUGGGAAUGGAGGAGUCAACUGAGGUGGCGUCGUCUAUGGAUGUGAAGAAGGAAAAGCCCGUUGGUUUGAGGGCGUUAGAAGCUUUGGGAAAAGGGUUUGAUCUUAGUAGUGAUUUCAGGUUAAAAUUCGCGAAAGGGUUGACUGGAAAUGGUAGUGGAAGGUUGGUGUUGCUCGAUGAGGCUAACAAAAGGGAUGUUUUGAUACCUGGUAGUGGUGGAGGGCUCACGAUUCCCGGUGUUUCGGAGGAUAUUCGCUGUGAUAAGGGAGAUCGAAUUCGGUUCAAAUCGGAUAUUCUCGAGUUCAAUCAUAUGUCUGAGUUGCUUAAUCAAAGAUCUUCAGUUCAAGGAAAAGUCCCUUCAGGCUAUCUUAAUGCUAUAUUUGAAUUAAGUGGAGAUUGGUAUCAUGAUGUUGCAGACACCAAGAGUCUUGCUUUUGAUGGCUACUUCAUCUCAUUGUACAACUUGCAUCUUACAGCUUCUCCAUUAGUUCUGCAAGAUGAAGUAAAAAAAUCUGUUCCACCUCGUUGGGAUCCUGCUGCAUUGUCUAGGUUUAUCAAGUCAUAUGGAACACAUAUAAUAGUAGGGAUGGCUGUUGGAGGUCAAGACUUAGUAUGUGUUCGACAGAAGUCUUCAUCACCUAUUCCUCCGGCUGAUUUAAGAGGACACUUGGAGGAUCUGGGAGACAUUCUUUUCUCAGACAGCAGAAGCCCUUCCUUAAUGCAGAGAAAAACAGGAGAUGGCAAACACAAAGUCCCUGAGGUGUUCAGUCGCAUACUGCAGUCAAGCACAAUGCAGCUGACCACUAUUUCAGAAACAUCAAGCAAGGAUGGUCUCACUAUCAUUUGUUCAAAAAGAGGAGGGGAUGUGUUCCUGCACAGUCACUCCAGUUGGCUGCAAACUGUGGCUGCUAAACCUGAAGCUAUUCAUUUUAAGUUUGUACCUAUUAUUUCUCUUCUUACUGGCGUCUCAGGCAGUGGCUAUCUUAGUCAUGCUAUCAAUCUGUACUUACGCUACAAGCCUGCUCUUGAGGAUUUACAGUACUUCUUGGAGUUUCAAGUUCCAAGGCAAUGGGCACCUAUGUUUUGCGAGCUGCCUCUCCGACAUCAAAGAAAAAAGCCUGUUUGUGCAUCCUUACAAUUUAGUUUCUUUGGUCCAAAAAUCAAUGUCAGCUGCACUCAGGUUUCGACUGAUAAGAAACCAGUUGUCGGCUUGCGUUUGUACCUGGAAGGGAAAAAAUGCAAUCAGUUAGCACUUCAUGUACAGCAUCUCUCAAGCCUUCCAAAUACAAUGAACAUUGCAUUGGUUAACAGCAGCAAAAGCAAGCCAUGCCGGUGGCGAGGCUCUGAUGAUUACGAAUGUAGUGAUCAGUUCUUAGAACCAAUCAGAUGGAAGAAGUAUUCAAAUAUAUGCACAUCGGUGGUUAAACACGAUCCAAACUGGUUGAAGGGAGAGUCUUCUGGAGUCUAUAUUGUGACUGGAGCACAGCUAAUUAGUAAAGGGAGUUGGCCUAAGACCAUACUUCACCUUCGUUUACUCUUUACCCAUUUACCUAAUUGUUCCAUCCGGAAGACCGAGUGGUCUGCAGCACCAGAUACUUCUCGCAAAUCAAAUUUUCUCACUAAUUUGAGCACAACAUUUACAUUUACUCAGAAAACCACUACUGGUGAUCAACAGAGACAGGCACAGGCUGUACUUAACUCUGGAGUUUAUCCGGAUGGACCACCCCUAUCGAGUCGAUCUGCAAAGCUACGUAGAUUUGUGGAGACAGCUGAGGUGGUGCGAGGGCCCCAUGAUGCUCCAGGGCAUUGGUUAGUAACAGCUGCUAAGCUUGUGAAAGAUGGUGGUAAAAUGGGUUUGCAUGUAAAGUUUGCGUUGUUAGAUUACUUGUGAUUGUGUAAAUAAAUAAAGAGUGAGGCUAAUCGAUCUUCCUGUUAUACUUAUAUCAUUGAUUGGUUGAUUGCAUUGUUGUUGUUACUUACAUAAAUGUGUAAAACUGGUACGCCAUAUUUUUGUACAUGAGAGUUUUCAUAUAUGAAUUUUGCUUGGUUGACGACAAUGACGUCCAUUCUUCACUUUUACCAUCACCAAAGAUUCGUCUGUUGCUCUACAAAUUGUGAGGAAAGAAUACCUUUAUAGUUACUGCAAACUUGCAUUUAAGCUUCAUGUAGAAUUGUUAUGCUAUUCUAUCACUGGGUAUUUUGAGAUAAUAUCACUGACCUUGCGAUAAAAGUAGACCACAAAGGGUACCAAGGACACUUAGCAUUCAUAUAAUAUUUUGUUGCUCUUCACAGCACUCCCAUUUCACCAAACAAGAAAAGCCAUUUGAGAGGUUCAAAAUAUCAUGAGAUGGAGAAAUAAAAGUAUAGUUCGCUGUCUUAUUUGUUUGAAUUAAAACAGAAGUAUUAAAUUACACUAUGCUUUCAAAAAUUAAAAAUUAAAAAAAAAAAAAUUAUGAACCAAACAGCAGUAAGAGGCAAAAAGUACUGUAAAAUCAAGAAUAUACUUGCUCCUCAGAAAACAAAAAAGAGCAAAUUUGAAUUUUAAACGAUUAUUAAUGGAAACAUACUAGAUAAUCAAAUUUUUUUUUUUUGAAGGAUACUAGAUAAUCAAUUGGAAAUAGCAAUACACUGGAACUGGAAACUGGAUUUGGAAAAUUAGUCCACCAAAAACUGUUUAAUAGAUAAAUAUGCAAAAAUUCAUCACAGAAGAGAACAGGCUAAUGGUACAAAGAACAGAUUUGAUGAAAAAAAAUUAACAUACCUAUCCUUUAUUCUUCUUUCUCUUCUCACUCUUAUCAGCCUCACUGUCACCCUUGUCAUCGCGUGACUUUGGGAGAUUAAGAGACAUCUUUUUUUUUUUUGCUAAAGAUUCAGAGAAACUUUUAAGCCCCAUUUUUCAACCCCUAUCAGCUUUUGAACUUUUUAAAAAUGUUUCGGGAACUGAACAGGAGACUCCUGUGAAAAAUUCAAUGAAAUAUGCGGAUCACCAAGAGAGAGGAGUGCGAGAUUUACUCUUCCAUCAAAUUGUAGCAGUUAUAAAAUAAAAAUGUAAACACUUUAACUACUAUGAAAGCAUUGCAAAUGGAAAAGAUAGCUAAUCCAUGACAAUGAGCUCUCUUUUUCCACAUAGUAGGAAAUGUACUCCCUGAGUUCAAGUACUAAUUACGCCAUUGAGGAGGCAAACUGUAAAUAAGUUGUGCUCGGGGGAGUGCUCAAAAUUCAAAAACAGUAAUGCUUCUAAGGCAAAAUUCGCUACAGAAGAAAUAACAAAGAAAAAAAAAAGUUUAGACAAUACAAACAAAAAUCAAAUCUUUUUUUAUCUAAUCUUCUUCAGCAUCUUUACUUUUCUUUUUUUUCUUUUUCUUCUUCUCACUCUUAUCAGCCUCACUGUCACCCUUGUCAUCGACAGUGACUUUGGGAGAUUGAGCAGCAGCAUCCUCAGCUUCUUUGUUCUUUUUCUUUUUCUUUUUCUCAGACUUUUCAGUUACAGGUGAGGCAGCUUCUUCUUUAUGAUCCUUCACCUUCUCAGACUUGACCCCAUCAUCCACAAGCCCAUUCUCCUUAUCCUUCUUCUUCUUCUUCUUACUCUCUUUGCCCUCAGAAACUUCGUCCGCCACUGCAUCAAAUUUUCGCUUGAGUCCCCCGUCAUCUUCAUUAUCCUUAAUCUUCUUUUUCUUCUCCUUCUUUUCACCAAUGACAUCCUCCACUACUGAAGUCUGCUUCUCCGCAAUGGUGGGUUCACUUGCAGCUGCAAGGCCUGCCACCAUUGAAUCCCCGCCGGUAGGUAAAAUCAAAUUCCUAGCCCACUCUUGAGGUGUUUUAUCAUUAGGCUUCCCAUGCUUAUCUAGUUUACCAUCGGCAAUCAACUUCUUCUUCAUGGAUGCUUUAGGACCCAGACCCCACUUUCUUGGAUAAGUAUCACGAUCCAUCACAACCCUCUUAAUCCUAGCCACCACACCAUGAUCACAAGUAGCCAUAACUGCAGUGGUCAUCUCUGCAAUCCCCAAAGCAAUGGCUUCUCCUUUGGUUGUCAUAAGCACAACUUCCUCACCAGCCUCAAUAUCAUUCUCGAAUCUCAGCAACCCAGGAAUCAUCAACUUAGCACCAUAACAAAUGGCAUUUACAGCAGAGUCCUUCACCACCAAUCUCUUAUAACUCGUCAGAAUCACUUCAAGUGGCAUAAUCACCCUCCUCAAGUAACUCUCAUCUCUAUAAUUAUCAUAAGCCCAUUGAGCAUCCAUAACAUCAUGCAUAGUGACCAUGUUAUCUUUCUCACCCAGAAUCCCAGACCUCACUCUCCUAAGCUCCUGCAUAUGCGCUCCAACACCAAGAAUCAAACCCAAAUGGACACAAAGCGUCCUAACAUAAGUUCCAGCCUCACAAGAAAUCCAAAAAACAACCAAAUGCUUUUCUGCGUCGAACUCAAGUAGCUUGCUUUCAUAAAUAGUUCUAAUCCUAAGCUGCCUUUUUACAGCAGAAAUCAGGGGUGGCCUCUGAAACACAGCCCCGGAAAGGGUUUCGAGUGCCCGAGCCACCUUGGCGACAUCGGGGACCGCAGAAUGCAACCUCGCUAUACAAACAUACUCUUUCCCCGCACCCUGCUGAGACUUAACAAGCCUUGUGGCUCGGUCAAUACAGACAAUAAGGUUUCCGGUGACCUUGGGAUCCAAGGUGCCACUGUGACCCGUUUUCUCGACACGGAGGAUCCGCUUAAUCCAAGCUACGACCUCGUGCGAAGAUGGGUUCGAGGGUUUGUCAAGGUUCAUAAUACCGUACCUUAUGUACUCGGCAAGGGGGCGUUUCAGCGGGGAGUAACCGGAAGGAAGAGGAGUGUAGUGUCCGGUUCUUACAUUGAGACGAUCGUAGUUCUUGAGAAGGAUGGGCCACUGAGAAGUGUCGAUGGUGGGAGUGUAGCUCUGUGGUUUGAUCAUGAAAUCGGUGUCCUUCUGAGCCGGCUGCGACUCCAAGUCACCAACUGGUUUGGGCGUGUCUGGUGCGUCAUCUUUGGAGCGUUGCUUCUUCUUCUUCUUCUCGGAGCGAACCUCGACGGAGGACAUGGCUGAGCGAUUCUCUAGGGUUUAAAUGGCGGCGAAAAUCGGAGGGUGGUUUUCUGUGUAAAAUGGAGACUGGUAGCUC